UGGCCGCGUUGAGGUCGCCGGAGUGAGGCGGACGUGCCGGGCGGACCGUAUUGGCGACUGGGCGCGUGGUGUAGCGAGUGACCGAGACGUGACCUGACCUGGUCAGCGACACAGCUGGAGACCGGGAACGAGCAGCAGGAUGUGCGCCCAGCUGGUGACCUGAGCGGAGCUGGUGCUGGUGACCAGCCGCUGACCUGCGCGCCCCCUCUGCCAUGAUGCUGAUGGAUCGGGGCCAGGCACGCCGCGGGCCGCGGCUCUACGAGUACAUGCCGGCCGAGCCCAGCGUGUACGCGGUGCCCACCGUGCCCCACCCGGCGCACCAUCUGGUGCCGCCCAUGCUCCCGCCCAAGGAAAACCCGGGCAAAGCCAAGAAGUCGCUGUCUGACUGGCUCAAGUUCGGCCGGAAGAGUCGGCCGGACGACCGCCAGCUGCGCGAGCUGGUGCGGCCGGCGCCGCGCGGCUACCCGCCAGCCCGAGUACCUGGAGCCGCCGGCGCCGCUGGCGUGCGCGGCCGCAAGAAGACGGCGUGCAAGCGUUGCGGCGCCGAGCGCAUGACCGUGCGUCGGGUGAAGGCGCGCUCGCGUGGCUCCGGCUCGCCCGCCCAGUACCAGGACCCGUACGUGAUGAUGCGGCGCGCGCGGCUGGGCGCCUCUGACGGCGAGCUGUACGAGCGGCCGCGAUCGCAGAGCCGCGAGCGGCCCGUCGCGCCGUCGCCCGGCGAGUACGCCGUGCCCCGCGUCGACGGCGUCGGCCGGCUUCGCAGCGGCUACUCGCGCGCGAUCGAGCCUGGCUGGCCGCCGCCCGGUCAUGUGUACCAGGCCUCGUGGGUGUCGCCCAACGAGAGCCUCGACAACAACUUCCUGUACAGGGAGACGGCGCAGAAGCGGCUCAGUCGGCCGCAGCCCGGUCCGGCCAGGGUCAGCUCGACUCAGCGGCCCGCCGAGGUGACCGGCUCAAAGCUGGCCAAGCUGUCGCAAGCAGGCUUCUCGAGUGUGCGGCUAGCCCAGAGGACGUCCAAGCCGCCCGCUCCGCCGACGCCGCCAACGCCGCCAACACCGCCAACACCGCCAAUACCGCCAACACCGCCGACGUUGUCACCGGCGUCAACAACGCCGACGCGGCCGGCACCGCCGGCACCCGUCAAGAUUCCACCCCCUCCUGGCGUGCCACCUCCUCCGCCUCCGCCUCCCCCGCCUCCCCCACCUCCACCUCCCCCUCCUCCUCCUCCUCCUCCUCCACCUCCUCCUCCACCGCUCCCGCAGUCGGCUCACGACACGCCGCUGAAGCCUCCGCGGCGCAAGAGGACGCCGCUGGAGGAGGAGGCGGACCCGCAGCCGGAGCCGGCACGGCAGACCGAGCGGCCGUCGGGCGCGCCACAGCCACUCAUCACCAUGAGCGACAUCCUGCAGGUAAAGUCCAUACUGAAGAAGACGCCGGCGGCCGACACGUCGUCCGGCACCGACUCCAGCUCGGACAGCGGCGUGCCGACGCUGCAGCAGCUGAAGCAGAAACGAGUCCACUUCCGCUCGCACGAGAGCCUGCUGGCCGAGAAGGCCGGCGGCGCCGACAAGCAGCGUGAUAUCGUGCGCGUCAUCACGGACGCGUACGACCGCGUGAGCCGUGCCGAGCCGCCGCCCGACGAGGAGGAGGCGGCGGCGCCGGCCGAGAGUCAGUACGCCAACGGCGAGGUGACCCCGACGUCGCCGGCGGCGGGCACGGACGCCGGCGAGGUCACGGUCAGCGGGUCGACGGUGGCCAUCGAGAUCGGCGAGAACGGCCAGUGGCGCACCACCAACGUCAGCAUCGCCACACAAGACACGGACGACACCGUGCUGUCCCCUGCCGGCUCGCCAAUAUCCAACAAGGCUCUGCUCUUCAACGACACCAUGCGGCUGCAUAUGCCGACGGCGCGGCCGACAGUGCUGGACGUGUUCCCCGCCGCCUCCGGCGAGCGACGCUCCAGCAUCUGUCAAGUCCAACUCAUUCCGGGCGCACAUGUGUCGGCCGCGUGA